AUGGUUGUGGAGAUGUUCAGCUAUCUGGCAAGCGAAAGCAAACGCGUGCCACGCAAGCGUGAUGUCUCCAUAGGCUCAGAUAGGACCCCUGAGGAGUUCGGACGGCGGCUGGUUCAAGGGGUGAAUGGAGUCGGGCCACGGUUCAUGUAUAGCAUGGAGCGUGGUAUGGAGUAUAUGCUGUAG